CUCCGUAUAAUAAAUCAAAGACUUUUCUCGGGCAGACGGAGUCUGGGAACAAGAGAGCUGAAUUGUGUGAGCAGUGGGCGAGUUUUUGUGAAUACGUGAAGUGAUUUCGCUACCUUGGCUGGGUGAUAGAUAGGACGCAGGUAUGAGCAGUUGGCUAUGCGCGCCGGCGCCGCAUAUUCAUUUUCAUCCCCCCUACAGCGACUCCGCUCUGUUAUUUCACAAACGGAUCCGUUUCAGUAUGUCUCAGUUGUUUAUCAGAAAUAGUAAUUCUGGGCGUUGCAAAAGAAUCAAAGUUGGCAGCUUUAAUGAUAACAGUAUAAGCAAUCAACCGGAAAGAAGCGGAAUUCAGCUUUACCGAGAUAUUGAAAGAUUACUUACAGAUACGGUGAAGCAAUCUCAAGAUGCUUGGGGAACCUCAAAAGACUGGAAGGAAGUUGAGGGAGCAUGGGUAUUGGGACCAAUAAAUACAAAGCCAAGGCUGAUUGUACACUUCGUUGGAGGCAUUUUUGUAGGGGCUGCUCCUCAGCUUACCUACCGCUUAUUCCUAGAGCGCCUGGUUGAAAAGGAUAUAUUGGUGAUUGCUACGCCUUAUGCUAGUGGUUUUGACCACUUCUUCAUUGCAGAUGAAGUGCAGUUCAAAUUUGAUAGGUGUCUUAGAUUUCUCCAGGAAACAGUACAAGAUCUUCCUAUUUUUGGCAUUGGCCACUCGUUGGGGUCUGUUAUUCACCUUUUGAUUGGCUCAAGAUAUGCUGUUCAGAGAAGUGGGAACAUAUUAAUGUCAUUUAACAAUAAGGAAGCUAGCCUUGCAAUUCCAUUGUUCUCACCCGUCCUUGUCCCGAUGGCUCAAAGCAUUGGACCAUUUCUUUCACAGAUUGCAACUUCACCAACAGUUCGUCUUGGGGCAGAGAUGACUCUAAAGCAGCUAGAGACUCUUAGCCCUCCCAUUAUGAAGCAAGUACUUCCGCUGGUUGAGCAACUUCCUCCUCUGUACAUGGACUUAAUUAAUGGAAGAGAAAAUUUUGUUCCAAGACCUGAAGAAACAAGAAGACUGAUAAAGUCUUACUAUGGCAUUUCAAGGAAUCUUUUGAUAAAGUUCAAAGAUGAUACAAUUGAUGAAACUUCUGUACUAGCUCAGUUGCUUAGUACAGAUUCUGCUAUCAGUUCAAUGCUGGAUAUGUCUAUUCGAUCUCUACCAGGAGACCAUGGGCUUCCUUUACACCAGGCUCUCCCAGAUGUACCCCCUGCAAUGACAGAUGCUGUUAACAAGAGCGGAGAGCUUUUGGCAAAUUUUGCUGCUGGAACGCCAUGGGAAACCUUUGCUAAAGAAGUAGGCAAUACUUUUGGUGUAGACUCGAAUAUCCUUCGUGCUGAGGUUUCAAAAGAGCUAGACCUGCUUGUAGAUGUAACAACAUCUUGGAUGGUUUCAAAUUCUGGACCGAAACUUUUACGCAGCUGAACUCGUUAUUUGUAGAUGUAAAAAAACAAAUGCAAUUAGUUAAUGUCAAUAACAUACGGGUAGUUGUAUAGUUUCAAGUACAUGGGAAGGUCGGUGAAAUGUUAUUUUUAUGAAAUAUAUUUAUCACAAAAAGCGGUACCAAA